AUGGGCAGGAGCAGGAGGAGCAGGGCAGGGAUUGGCCACUCUGGACUGGGAGGUGCUGGGGAGGGCACCUCUGGGGUGCUGGGGGAGGGUUUGGGCUCCUCAGGCCAAGGAGGGUAUGGAGGGGAUGGAAAGUGGCCAGGGAAGGGCAAAGGGAGGUGGGGAAGGGACUGGGGGAGGGGGAGGGGAAGGGAGUGGGGGAGGGAGGAGGGGAAGGGAUUGGAGGAGGAGGAAGAGGGAAAGGACUGGUGGAGGAGGGGAAGGGUCUGGAGGAGGGGGGGAAGGGAUUGGAGGAGGGAGGAGGGGAAGGGAUUGGAGGAGGAAGAGGGAAAGGGACUGGAGGAGGAGGGGAAGGGAUUGGAGGAGGAGGAGGGGAAGGGACUGGAGGAGGAGGAGGGGAAGGGUCUGGGGGAGGAAGAGAAGGAGGGGAAGGGUCUAGGGGAGGAAGAGAAGGAGAGGAGGGGUCUGGGGGAGGAAGAGAAGGAGGGGAAGGGUCUGGGGGAAGAGGAGGAGGGGAAGGGACUGGAGGAGGAAGAGGAGGAGGGGAAGGGUCUGGGGGAGGGAGGAGGGAAAGAGACAGGAGGAGGAGGAGGAGGAGGAGGAGGAGGAGGAGGAGGAGGAGGAGGAGGAGGAGGAGGAGGAGGAGGAGGAGGAGGAGGAGGAGGAGGAGGAGGAGGGAAAGGGACUGGAGGAGGAGCUGGCAUUGGAAGCUCUGCACACAAGGAGACUCCACAACCUCUCUGGGCAGCUGCUCCAGGCCUGGCACCCUCCAAGCCAAGCAGCUGCUGCUCAGGGCACCUCCUGCCUCCCACUUGCUGCCCCUUGGCACAGCUCUGGGCACCACUCAGCAGUGCCCAGCCCCAGCCUCAUGCCCCCCCAACCCCCAGCACAGAGCAGAUGCCCUCUGGGGCUGCUCCCCUGCAGGCUGCCCAGCCCCAGCAGCACCCCCAGAGGUGCCCUCAGCAUCUCCUCAAGCUCUGCUGGGCUCUCUCCAGCAGCUGCUGGGCUCUGCAGCUGGGCAGCCCCCACCUGGCCCUGGCAGGGGCACAGCAGAGGGCCAGCAGCAGCAGCAGCAGCUGCCUCUGUGCCCUGCUGCCCACACUCUUCCUCAUGCCACUCCCCAGCAGAGCCCCUUGGGGACCUCCUUGCCCACCUUGCUGCCUCCUGCCCACCCUGGUGCCCACUCCCAGCUCCUUGCCAGCAGCUCUCCCCCUCCAUGCCCUGUGCCAGGAGCUUGUUCCUCCGUGCCCAGGGGGCAGGACCCUGCCCUCGGCCUGCUGGCACCUCAGGACCUUCCCCUCCCCCAGCAGCUCUGCAUCCUCACCACCUCCAUCCUCAUCUUGCUUCCCACAGCAGCUCGAAGCAAACCCAACCCAAGCUCAACUCCCAGAGCCUUCCUCCCUCCCAGCAGGGCUCUGUGCCACCAGACGGUGCCAGGAGAGCCGAGACGGUGCCCAGGGAGGAGCUGGAGAUGUUCCCAACCCCUGGAGCCAAAAAAAGCCUUUGGGUGACGUCAACCUGAGCCGAGAGAGCAGGAUCAGAUUGCAAGGACCUGACCCAGAUUGUGGCUGCAGCCUUCAGCCCCGGGGACAGCUGAGAGCGGAGUGCUGA